CAGCCACACAACAGCCACAUCCAGUGGCUUUAAAUGCAGCCCGCGAAGCACUCAACAGUACUUGGUAGAUACCCACAAUGAUCUUGUUCUCUCUCUCCACUGAACACGUUCGCAAUACCAUUAUCACCAACGAGCAAGGACAGAUUAUUUACAAGACACAGACUCCGUCCAAACUAGUUGGCGUCCGUACUACGACCAUUCAAAAAAUCAAGCCAAAUGACGACCGGUAUCAUAUGCGAAACCAGUUCGAUGUCUUGGGAGAGAUCGAGUGGCACAAAUUUUCUUCCUCAAAGUUUCGUUCUGGUGGAACUGAAGUAGAGACGAAGGAGUUCAUUCCGAAGAGAGGCCUUUGGGGUCGGGAGCGCGUCUUCAUAGGACCAGAUAACCGUCCUUAUCGCUGGAACCUGAAGUCCAGAGUGGUAGUUCUCUCACGAGACGACGCGUCUCGAGCGGAGGUCGCUCGCUUUCAUAGAGCGACUUUCGGAAUUGUAGGAAGGAAACGUAAAGCCAUGCUGGAAGUAUCACCUGAAGUGGCUCAUAUGAUGGAUACCGUCAUCAUGACGUUCAUCUACGUCGAGAAACUCAGAAAGGACAAAGAAGAGGCCUCGAGAAGUGCUGCAGCCUCGGGUGGCCCAUGAAGUAGAGUCGAGGAGCUUGGGUGCUGUGUUGUGAUUGAUACCCUUUAUGAUAAUUAGCUGUUUUUUUUACAAGUACUGAUACUUACGGUCUCCAGUAAGAUGACGACAUUCUGGCUAAGUCAGGGCAUACUGUAGGUCUGUUUUUAUCCGCAUACUCCGGAGAGUGUACUGUAAUAUAAUAUAUAUAUAUGAAUCAAUCUUCCUUCGGCCAGAUGGUAAGUUUGAGCGUUUACCUCAAGUCGUACCUUUGAUCCUAAGCAUUGGUACCAUAUACGCGCUGGA